AUGUCUCGGCCUGUAACUACAAACUACCUGUCCCACUAUGGCCAUUUUGCUAACGCCGCAUACCACCGCUUCGAGAGCUGGAGCGACUGUGCGCCAUGCCAGGAGUUCGACGAUAUUGCGCAGUUUAACCUGACCGCCGCCUGGUCGACGACGACAAUGCCGGCAUUCAGCCGCGGCUUUGUCGGCGUCCAUUCACAGCGCCAGGAGGUUGUGGUUGUCUAUCGCGGAACCACGCACCCAAUGGACGUGCUUGCGGAUUCGCAGGUGAUUCAGCCGCGAUACAUGGCGUCCCGGGAGAUUAUGAAAGAUGCGCUGGGCAAACUGGUGAUGGAGUAUCCCACGUACGAUGUCCACUUUGUGGGCCAUUCGCUGGGCGGUGCGCAGGCGACGCUGGCCUUUUUGGAAGCCGUCUCAGACACCUCGUCCUUUGGGGAUAUACGCCUGGUAACGUUCGGCGCGCCCCGGGUCGGCAAUGCCGUGUUUGCGCAGUACGCCAAUGCCCAGCUGUCGUCCAAGCACAGCGCGCUGCGAGUCACGCAUGAAAGCGAUAUCAUACCGCACUUGCCGUCGUCGCUGCUUCCCAAGCACUACAUGCACAGCGACCAAGAGACCCCGAGUGCGCUGCCAGCACAUUCCCGCUGCUCCGGAACCUGCACGACCACAUGCACUAUCCCCGGCCUGGCACUGACCGUCCCCGAAUACAUCAGACAGUCAGAAUGA